AUGGCCAUCAUGAACGACGUCGUGGACAGUCAGCCGAUCCUCAGCGCCGUGUCCGGCUCGGCACGGCAGCUAUUCAUGAUACUGCGGAGCAUUGGGUUUGCGGAAAAAGUGCGCGUACAGAUAACUGAGGAUGGGCUUCGGUUUAGUGCUGAGGACAACCGUGUCAUGCAAGGCCUCGCAUUUCUCGAAAAGACUCUCUUCACCACGUUUCUGUUCAAUCCACCGCGGUUCAGUUCACAAUCCGACGCAGAUGAUGAUGACGCCGACACUGUUCCAGCGUUUGCAAUUUCACUCCCAUCCCUCCUCGAGACGCUGCAGAUUUUUGGCCUCACAGACGCGAACCAGCGGAACCCGUUUUCGACGUUCAGCUCGAGAGAAGCCACAAACGCAUUCGAUAACAGGGUCCUUGGGAUGGCGUCGGUGUGCCGUCUCUCUUACGAAGCGCCGGGUUCGCCGUUGAAGGUUGUUUUGGAGGAGGGUGGCGUGACUACGACUUGCGAACUGACAACUUACGAACUGGACGAGGCCGAGGACGAAGACAUUCCGUUUGCGAGGGACGAGUUGGCCAUGAAGAUCAUUAUGCGAAGCUCGUUCCUGCACGAUGCAAUCACAGAGCUGAGCAGCACGAACCCGGAAAACUUGGUGUUGCGAGCCAACCCCACCGCCCCCUUCUUUUCUUUAAGCGCCAGCGGGACGCUGGGAAGCACCGUAGUGGAGUUCGAUAGGCCGGACAACAGCAAUGACUCGGGGGCGCGGGGCGGGCACAAUCAGCAGGAUACGUUGCUUGAGACAUUCCAGGUGGCACACGGCGUAGUAUACUCGUACCGGUUUGGGUUGAUCAAAGCGGCAGCACGUGCAAUGGCAGCAGCGACGAAGGUCAGCAUCCGGGGGGAUAGUCAGGGAGUGCUGAGCCUGCAGUUCAUGAUUGAGGUGGACGGCGGCCAAGUGAGCUUCGUCGAUUUCCGGUUCGUGCCGCUGAUCCGCGAGGAGGCUGAAGACGGAGACGGCGGUGAUGGAGACAGCGGUGAUGGAGACAGCGAAGGCGAUGCUCCCGGCUCGGAUUAG